ACCAUAAUAAGUCAGUUCCUAGACCCCAUGGUUGUGACUAAUUAAUUGGAAUUUUGAAUUCCAUGGAUGAUGCUCAUCUUAGUCCAUUCAUGCAAUAGGAUGCCAGCAAGAAUUCUAUCUUAUCUAGUGAAACCAAUCUGUGGUGGGUCACAGAUUUAAACGCAAUCAUCUUCGCAUACAACUCCCAUCUGUGGAUUAAUCCUGUUAGCCAACCUCUGUUCAUUUCCAGCUGAUAUCCAUCCGAGUGUCUAAUUCUAAGUUUUGCUCAAUUCAACUCCACCUGAAACUUAUGUUCUAACUAAUCAUAACUCCAACUCGUCACCUUUAUGGGCUCAACUACGACUCUGCAAUUAAAAGCAUGUACUCCCAAAGUCCAGGAGGGGGGGAUUGCCUUAGACUUGGUCCGACUCUCAGGAUUCCACACUGAGCAAGUUGUCCUACAGAAUAGCAUGGAUGAUAACAAAGAGGAACCAGUGACAGAUUUGGGACUUUCAAUAGGUCCCGACAAUCAAAGCACACACGUAGGAUCAAAUAACAAUUGCAGUGCAGGUGCAAAUGCAGGUUCUAGUGCAGAUAUGAUCUUUGGGACUUCUACCCCGUUAUCCGAACUAGUUUGGUCUCCACAGAAAGGGGUGAGUCUUAAAUCUGCUGAUUGUAGCUUACCCGAGAAAAACUUUUCCUUUUUGUGUGGUGUCGCAUCAAAUACUCUGGUACAUUCACCAACUCAAAGUAUCACGGCCAAGGAAGCUAAAGAAUAUACAAAUGUAGAUGAAGAAAUCUUGGCUUCAUGGCAAAUGGAACCCCAUUUGCGUUGUAAACUUUCUGAAGCAAACCUAGUCAGGUCUCCAAGAAGCACCACAGCAGGAUCAAGUGGUGGCUUAGAAGAGAUGACCAGUAAAAUGAAAUUUACAUUUUCAAAUACAGAUGCAGAAGGUGUUCAUUCAGGAAAAGAGGAAGUGGAUAUGUUUCAUCAAACUGAAAGAGCUCCUAUGCCAGAUCCUGGCACUGACAUGAGGGGUUCCUCCACAUCAAAAUCAGAUCAGAUAAAGUUCUAUUUGGCGCGAGUAGAACCAGCAGACAGGAAUUUGAACUUAGGAGCUAAGUCUACUCCUACUGAAAUCAACAAAGCUAUUCGUAGUGGAAAUAGUCAUGCAUCUGACAUGCAAGGGUCAUUCUCUCCCGACGUUGCUAUUCUAAAACAAUCCAAAGUUACUGAUACUCAGAACCCACUUGUAAUAUCCCAUGCAAGUGAGGAAGAGAGAUUAGAAUUAUCUCAGGGUAUUCAAAAAGAUGAGAAAUGUAAAACAAACAAAGUUCAACUUAUCUCUCCUUGGCAGAAUCAGGAAUCAACCGCUGAAAAUGAUUUACAACUUCUCAAAGAUGAAAGCGCUUGUGACAAGGGGGGUAUCAUAGCAUCAAAACAUGCUGCUGAAGAAGGUAAAGACUCUCCCUGCCAGAACGGUAUAGUACUUGCUUCAUCGACGGAGUUUCCAGCAGUCAAUGUCUCCCCAAGUAGUAGCAAAAAUCCGUUAUCUCAGAGAAAACAUAAAGAAAAUGUUUUGUGUGACGGAAUCAGUGAAAAUAUUCUAAAAGACGAGGAUGAUAGCCAUGAGAGUGUUGAAAGUUGCAAUAGCACCGGGAUGUUUUCAGCUGGGAAGAGAAAAUGGAACUUUGAAAAGCAAAUGAUUGUAGAGAGCAAGAAAGUGAAGCAGACACACCAUGAAAGUCCUCAUUUUGGACCUUUACAACGACAGGACAGCUCCUUCAUGAAUUGGAUAUCAAACAUGAUCAAAGGAUUAUCAAAAUCUAAUUCAGAAGAUACGCCUUCAUUAGCUCUAACUAUGAAAACUCAUAAUUGUAAUCAAAAUAGUGAAACAAGUGCUGGUUUUCAAACAAUUUUCAAGGCAUUGUAUUGUCCUAGCUCAAGGGUUCAGGAUGACAGAAUAUUAACUCUUGAUAGUCAGCUAGGAGAAGGCUCAAGGGAACUUGACAACAGUAGCAGUCCUUCGACUGGGGAAGACAAUGGCAAGUGUAAGCAAAUCGUUUUAUCAAAUGACAAGUUCGAUCAGAGAAUAUCUGCUGACGGGGAAGGUCCUUCGACUCUGCCAAAUAAUCCUUCUGAGAAUAUAAGUUCUGAUCAGGAAAAAUGGGGAGAUGGAAGUGCCAAAAACAGAAAUUUCUGUAGCAUGGCAUCUAAUCUCAAGAAAAAUGGAGUAAUCUCGGUAAGUUCCUCUCCGCGUAGUGAUCCUGGCUCUCCAUCUGAAGGGAAAGAAAACAGUAAACUUGGCUCUGUUAAUCAUUCAAACAAGGCAUUCAACGAUGUGAUCAAUAGAAGUGAUUCUCUUGGGAACUUAUGGAUAACAAGAUUUUCUCCAAAAGUUUCUGGCCUCAUGAUGGGUUCGCCUAAGAAACGUCAACAGAAUCUAAAUUCACCUUCUGAGGGUCCGAACAACCACAACAAGAUUAUUUCCAAUGCUCAAAAUUCUGUAGUUUCACGGAAGGAGAAGAAUGUUUCGGAGAGUAGUUCUAAGCCUUCUAUGGAGGACACAGCUGAUGGUAGAAGUACAAAAACUCAAAAUUUUGUGAUAAAUACUUAUGGAUCCUUUGGUUUUAAGAGAAUUAAAAGUGGUGAUCUGGAUAAAUCCAAAUGUAAGCUAAAAAAUAUAGCCAAACAUUCUCAAAGAUUCAAAAAUUCAGAGGCAUUGGUUUCUACCUUGACUUGGAGACUGGAUGCUUUAAGAAACAUCAUUCUGUCAGGAGCAGGUGGUAGUACAAGCCAUGCAACCACAAUUUGUUUCUUUUGUGGCAUAAAAGGUCACAAGUUACAUGACUGCACGAGAAUAACUGGAUCCGAGAUUGAAGAGAUUUACAAAAAAGCACAUCCAUUUGACGGGAAAGAAGUAUCGGCUUGCUUGUGCAUUCGCUGUUUUCAGCUAGAUCAUUGGGCCAUUUCAUGUCCAUGCUCUUUCUCCAGAAAAGAAUACCAAUCUGGUGGCAGGAAAAAUUCAUCUGAAAAUGUUGAUUUUCAUUGCCAGAUUGCAGUUACAACUUCUGAUGGGAAUAAAACGAGGGUAGAUGCUGAAGCCAAAGUGGGUAAAAAUGUCAACUCAAUAACGAGCGGAACAAUGAUACUUGAUGAAAGGAUCUUGGUUGAGAAGGAUCAUGAAGUGUCAAGGAAGAAAACUUCCAAAGAUUUCGUAAUGAAAGGGAAGCAGACUGCUUCGGGUUCUACAGAUAAUGUAUCAAAAGAAAAUCAAAACGCAGCUUUUUGCAACUUUGUCCAUCGACACAUUCCUGCCGUGCCAAGAGGAACCUUUGAAGCUGUAAAAAGGCUUCGUUUAACUCGCACUGACGUGCUCAAAUGGAUGAAAUCACCAAUGCCAUUUGCUUGUAUCGACGGUUUUUUUUUACGGCUGCGACUACGGAAGUGGGACGAAGGACUAGGGGGCACAGGUUAUUUCGUAGCACGCAUUAAUGGAAAACCAGGAGAGGGAUCACUGGGUAGUCACAAACUUUCCCUUUCAGUGGACAUAGCUGGUUUCAAAUGCUUUAUUGAAAAUCGUUUUGUCUCAAACCACGACUACACAGAGGAUGAACUCAUGGCAUGGUGGUGUGCAACCUUACGAGGUGGCGGAAAGAUGCCACCAGAAGAAGAUCUGAAAAUGAAAUUUGAAGAGAAAAAGAAGUUUGAAUUUUAGGAGGUACGCAAACGUUACUUGUAAAAGAAAUCUAUGUUGUACUAUAGUUUUUUUCUCCCUGCGUAAGAUACUUCAGCUAUGCUGUUCAAUAGAGGAGUGUCGCAAGGAAACAAUUUAAUAUGUCAGUUGAUCAGGUCAUGUAUAUAGAAUUUUGAUAAAAUUUGAGCUUGUAGUAAAUGAAGUUUUGUGUUUCAUAGCUGAUUAUGGAGUGCGUAGUAGUAUAUAGUUUGUAUUCAUGAGCCUAAGUUAUUGAUUUUUGUUAUACAGUAGUAUUUGUUUUAUGAAGAUCUCUCCAUUGAAGCGUGAACUCACCUGUACUUCCACAUUUUGCUAGUAUCAGUUGUCUUUCUCUA